GCCCGAAUCCAAUCUCCACUCUCUUCUGACGAGAAGAGAGAGAACGAAGAUGAUGGCGAUGGUAGACAGCAUUGUCAUUCUCUUUCUUCUCCUUAUGCUUCUUCUGAUCAUCGUCAUCGUCAUUUUUGUCUGCAAACCAUGGCGCUUCUUUUUAUCUUCGCGACCCCGCUUAUCCAUCAAGGAUGGUGACAUAGAGAGGCCCCUAGUCAUAGAUGAUGCAAAUGCUUUACGUAAUCAGAGCAAUGAAUUGCCCCGAGACUAUGAUCUUGAGGGUGCGUGCUUUUUCAAUGAGGGUCCUUUUCGCUCACCACGACCCCCUGGACUUGUUUCUAAGCAGAGGUUUCCUGCUUCUUCUCCUAAUGUGCCUCAAGUUGAUAGUUCGGUUUUGGAAGUAACUUCUGAUGCUUCAGAAGAAGUUGCAUUUGGCCAAACACUCAGGCUUCCCCCAGACCAGUUAGCUGAAAUUCAAAGGCAUACUAGAGUGAAUUUUGAAGAAAAUAGAUUGGAAGACACCGUGCAAAGAGAUAUCUUAGAUCAAAGAAGUUGCCUCACUCUGGAGAUUAUCAGUGGUCCUUCUUGUGGAGUUCGUUGUUCUGUACAAUCGACAAAACCUUCUCAUCUACCUCUGACAAUUGGAAGAGUUUCUCCAAGUGAUUUAUUAAUAAAGGACUCAGAAGUGUCAGGAAAGCAUGCUCUAAUAAAUUGGAAUUUAGAUAAAUUGAAAUGGGAGUUGGUAGAUAUGGGUAGCCUGAAUGGAACACUUUUGAAUUCUCGGUCAAUCAACCAUCCAGACACUGGCAACAGGCUUUGGGGUGAGCCAUUUGAGCUUGCCAAUGGAGAUGUUAUAACUCUUGGAACAACAUCGAAAGUCAUUGUCCGUAUUGCUUCUCAAAGUAGGCAUCAAAUUCCGUUUGGAGUAGGUAUGGCAUCAGAUCCCAUGGCUUUACGUCGAGGAGGGAAAAAGCUACCUAUGGAAGAUGUUUGCUACUAUCAAUGGCCUCUUCCUGGGCUGGAUCAGUUUGGACUAUUUGGCAUCUGUGAUGGGCAUGGUGGAGACGGGGCUGCUAAAUCUGCUAGCAAACUUUUCCCUGAGAUAGUUGCUAGCAUAUUAUCAGAUUCAUUAAAAAGAGAGAGGGUUUUAUCACUGCAUGAUGCAUCUGAUGUUCUUAAAGAGGCAUUUUCUCAAACAGAAGCAAACAUGAAUCACCAUUACGAGGGAUGUACAGCAACAUUGCUUCUGGUGUGGGCUGAUGGUGAUGGAAAUUUCUAUGCACAAUGUGCUAAUGUUGGAGACUCUUCCUGUGUUAUGAAUGUAAAUGGGAAACAGAUCAAUAUGACAAAGGAUCAUAAGAUAGCAAAUUAUUCUGAAAGACUCCGAAUUGAAGAGAGUGGUGAGCCACUGAAAGAGGGGGAAACACGUCUAUACGGUAUAAAUCUUGCAAGGAUGCUUGGGGACAAAUUUCUCAAGCAACAGGAUUCCCGGUUUAGUUCAGAGCCUUAUAUAAGUCAAGCAGUGCAUAUCGAUCAAACUAGCCGGGCUUUUGCCAUUCUAGCUAGUGAUGGUUUGUGGGAUGUCAUCAGCAUGAAGAAGGCAAUUCAGCUAGUGCUUCAGGUGAGAGAAAGAGACUCCUCACUUGCAGAGAAUUCUGCAGAAAAGGUUGCUAAUUUCUUGUUGGGUGAGGCUAGAACACUCAGAACAAAGGAUAAUACCUCUGUAAUUUUUUUAGAUUUUGAUAAUUUCGCUAGAUACUCUUGUAAAUCUGAGUCCUAGUUUGUAUUAGGGAUUUUCAUGUUACAACAUUGAUGAUAUAUAUAUAUAUAUAUAUAUUUUCCCCUCAUGUCCUGGAUCUUUCCCCUCCUUUUUUCAAUUUCUGUUGCCUCUCAUCUCCAAGCUAUGGGAUUAAAUACACGCUCCAGUCUUAGAAUUUACGAAGUUCUCUUUACUUCCCAAAUGUAGGGGACUAAUUAUUCUUGUCUUUUUUUGUACUGAACUUACUAUUCCUGUCGAUCUCA